UCCGAUUCGAAAGCAACGAAAUGAAAUCCUUUUGCGGAAGUUUGUUAUUUGCCCUUUUGGUCGGAGGAAGUUGGGCGGCUCCGCAUGGAGGACAUGCCACCAGCUACAGUUCGGUGACCAAGCACGAAGAGCCCAUCCACAAGAGCCACGGAUAUGGAUACGAUCACGAUGUGAUCAGUGCCUAUGGAGGAAACUACGGUCAUGGUUAUCCGAGUGUCGGCUAUGCCGGCUACGGGUAUGGAUAUGACAAGCACGAAUCCCACCACUAUCCCAAGUAUCAGUUUGACUACGGCGUCAAGGAUGCCCACACCGGCGACCAGAAGAGCCAGUGGGAAGUCCGGGAUGGCGACAAGGUAAAAGGCAGCUACUCCCUCAAGGAAUCCGAUGGAACCACUCGAGUGGUCGAAUACACUGCCGACGAUCACAACGGGUUCAAUGCCGUGGUAAAGAAACUGGGCCAUGCCCACCAUCCUCAGGUUUACCACAAGGGCUACGGACAUGGCGAUAUCUAUGGAGCCGACUACGGUUACGGUCACGAUGUGGCGCACUACGGCGGAUAUGGACACGGAGGACACGCCAGUAGCUACGUGAGCGUAAAGCAAUUGCACUGAUUCAAGGACCUCGAUGUGGACUUACGGAAACGAUCUGAACCAAAAUAAUAUUUAACAAUGCAACACAUUUACCUGACUAAAGCAACCAUUUUACACAUGUAGUCUUAAUAUAUUAUUAUUGAAAUACAUAAGCAUAAAUGCUUAGAGAAAAUA